GUAUCAGACAUGAUAUCAACACAUGGUACAACUACAAGGGGAUACGAGCCCAGUGGUGAGGGGCUGUUGAGAGCGCAGUGCACUUCGGUGUUGCGAGAAAGCCACAAGUGUGUUGCGGAGGAGUCUUGUUGAGAGUUGUGCAGUGACAGUCACCAUGCGCCCGGUGCUGGGAAUUAUUUUUUUCGUCAUGUUAUCUCUCGCCGUCGGCCAAGAGUUAACUAGUCCAGACGACAUUAACGACAAAACGAAUACUGUUGAUCCGCCGCCUUCUGUUCGUCUAGAUCCUUACAUUAGAAAAGCUUUGUUGAAAGCGCUUACUGACCUUGAAGAUAGUGAAGGUUUUCACGACGCGGAUACGACAGAUGCAACACCACCCUUUGAGUCAGAAACUUCGAACACCAGUGAAGACGCAACACCGAGAGAAACUGACAAAGAUAAUAUACAAAUUCAUUCUUUUGUUGUUAAUGGACAAGGGGCAUUCGACAAUACUUCCAAUACAAAUCCAACAAUAAUUGAUGAUAAAAUAUCAAUUUUAGGCACAACAGUUGGAAAUGUGGAAAAUUACGUUACAGCCAGUCUUCCAACACAAGCCACGUUUAAUGAAAUUUUCCAAACGAAAGAAAGUGGCAUUAAUUUGCAGCAAAUUCGAAGCAUACAAAGCACAACUAAAUCUAAAGAUACCGCACACGUGAAAUAUGCUACUUUAAAACCAAGAAGCUCGAUAAGUACUACUACUACCACUACUACAACUACAACGACAACACCGAAACCAACCCAUAAUUCUGACGGAGAGAACAUUGAAGAUGUUGAUAAAAAGGAUGUCCAAGUUUUCCAAGCUCCUUUAGUUGCAGCUUUUACCGUACACCAAGACGCACACGGCAUUCCAAAAAAAGUUAUACCAAUAUACCAACAGACUACUAAUCAAGAAAUUUUAAAAGUUUCACCUACAACAAAUGUAUUUACUCAGAAGCUACCUAUAGAAAGUUUUCCAAAUAUACCUUCAACAGAGUUUAUAAAUCAGCAAUUAACAUUACAAAAACAGUUGGAAGAAAAGCAAAGGAUUCUAGAGGAGCAACUUCGAUUUUUACAAAUACAGCAACGUCAGCAAGAAGAGUUGCUUAGAAAUCAGCAACUUCUUUUACAGCAAAAAGAAGCACUAAGACAGCAGUCCUUGUUUGAACAAGAACAAUUGAAAAGACAGCAACUUUUUGCUGAACAACAAAAGUUUUCCUCUAAUCAGUUAACCAAUAAAUUUUCAGUGCAUAAAAGCAUAGCACAAAGUAUAUUAAAUCAAAAUAGCGCUAUUCGUCCACAAAAAUCACAAGUAUCAAUACAACCAAGCUUGUCUUUUGAUCAAUCCAAUACUUUAGCUGCUCACCAGCAGUUGCCCAAUAAAGAAGCAGUAGAUUUUCUUAUUAAUUUACGUAGACAACAUCCAGACCAAUUCCCUUUGCAAGAAAACCAUCUUCCACAAGGGAUAAGCAACUUUUUGCAGCCUAACCCCAUUCAGAGUUUUAAUCAAGCUCCGAUUACACAGCUCAGUAAUCAAAUAAGACCGACUGAUGAACAGUUGAGUCAAAAACAUGGAAACCGAGUAUUUCGUCAUGAAAGUGGAGUAGGAAAUUUCGGUCUCAAUAGUCCAAGUUAUAACCGAUUCAAUGAUGCACCUUUUAGGAAUCACUUUUUACCAGCAAAUAGAUUCAAUCCUGAUGCGGAAUUGAAGCAGUUGUUAUCACAAACUAAUCUUAACUCAAGAGCUCACGAAGAUUUGAAUAUUGUAUCUAAAGUGCUGUCCUUAAACCAUGGAAUUCCGAUAAAUGUUUCAAACAGACUAACAUUCGAUAAUCGGAGACAAAAAAGAACUUCCACGUGACUUAAGAGUGGGGCCAACUAUUUUGCGAUAUAGUGAAUUGAUACCUCAGGAAUUAUUAGGAGGUACCUAUAUUCUUUAAUUAGAUAGAAGUAAUUAUUUAAAAUACUUGUGGAAAGAGUACCUGUGAAAGUACGAGAUUAUCCCCUCUGUUAGUCUUAAAAAAUUACGUUUAAUAUUAAGUUCUUAGAAUAAUGACAACAUGCAGCAUUUGGAUUUUUCACCUCAAACCUGAUACAAUCCAAAGAAACAAUCAAUUUGGCUUAUUGAUUUUACAGUCAAUCGUUUAUAUAGAUAUUAUUUUGAUAAUGAAUUCGUAGACAAUAGUAUUGAUUAGCGUUAAUUUAUUUAAAUUUUUAAAUCUAAGCAGAUGAUAACUUGUAUGAUCAAUUUUGUAUGAUGGUGUAAAAAUUAAUUUUAUCAAUAACCUACUUCAAUUAUGAGCAGAUGGAUAAAAAGGUACUCGUUGUUUGUAUCGAUUUUGGUUUAAUAUUAAGAACUAUUUAUUUUAUAUAAUGUUAUAUGGCCAUAAUUAAGUAGUUAGUUAGAAAGUUAUUCAGUAGGAAACUAUAAAAAUAAGAGAGUUAGUAACUUAAGAGUUAGUAUUAGUCAUUUAAUGAGGUAUUUACUAAUAAAAGUUGUAGAAAAGGCUCUGCCAAGAAAGAGCCACCGGUAAAACACUUUAUUAGAUACAUAACUCUAUAAGCAAUGGUAUGUCUUACAAUAAAGAUGUGAAUGAAAGCGGCAAAUGAUACGUAGACUCGAUUGUAGAAGUGUGGUAAUUCGGUCCGGAGCACCUUGAGGCCUUAAGGCACCCGCGACUUGAACCGCAAAAAAUAAUGUGUUCACAUUAUUUUUAUUGUUUUAAGAGAAAGAAAGUUUUUUCUUCCCCAUCUUAACCCUAUUAUAUUUUACCAACUUCAGUGAAAAUUUUUCAUUAAAACUUUCAAUCCAAUCCCAAUAACGAUUUGACGAAUUUGUUACGAACUAUUUCAUUCGCCCCAGUUUCAUAUUCAAAUGUAGAAUUCAGGUGACCGCGCAUACGUACAUCAUUUGGUUAUCUUCAUUCAUUCUUUAUUUCAAUUCUAUAAACACAACAUCAUAUUUUAAAUAGCUUUUGUUUUUUAUUAUUGUACAAAUAUUCAGUAUCUAAUAAAUAUAUCAGUUCAUCGUUGUAUUUACAUUUAUAUUCAAGUAUGUCGAUAAUUUCUCCAGUAUCCCAACCAAUUUUAAAAAUAUGUAACAUACCUACUCGCAAGUAAAUGUUUAGUGUGGUUCACAGAUCACUAUAGACUAGAAAUGUGGUUUGUUUAUUGACUGUGGUGUGUCCUAGGACGAGAAUUUGUUUUCGUUGUAUGCUCAUAUGUACAAGAAAGAUUAUUUUUUGUUCAAACUGUGCAAAUAUUUUUAACCCUUAACGUUCUACCCUAUAUUUCUGUCCUUUAUUAACUUUCCUGAAGUCUCAGGACAGGCGAACCAUAUUUGUUUACCAAAGCCGAACGCAAAUACGAAUCUACUACCUGCAUACUGCCUAUCACCGGUGGCGAACCGUUUCGUUUCGUUGCCCGCUCUUGGAUUGGCCAUCAAUAGUUUCAUAUUUCAAAACUAGAAUUCAGUUGACCGCGCAUCAUUUGGGUAUUUUCAUGCAUUCUACAUUUCAAUUCCAUAAAUUCAACAUCAUAUUUUUGAUACCUUUUAUUUUUAACUAACGGACCCGAUAAAGCUUCGCUUUGACUUAUGUGCACUUCUUCCGUUAUCCCUACUCUACACUACUCAACGCCUGCCCUACUCCUACCCUACCCCUACUCUACCCCUACCCUACUCAUACCCAACCCCUACUUUAAGGGUUAAUGUUUUGUACUAAUAAUUACUAAAUUACUAGAUAGAUUUCUAUAGCUGUCUAUCUACUAUAUUUUUAAUUUUAAGAGGGUAAGAACCUAUAGUUAGGCAUUGUGUAUAGCCAAUUAUUGUGGUCAAUUACCAAUGGAUGUAAAUAUAUUAAGUUUUAUGAACAUG